CUCGUUGAUGCUUUGCUUUACUCUUCUCUGAUUUCUAUUGACCGGUAGAGAGCAUUGAGACAGCAUGUUUGUCGCCCGCGCGGGGAGAGUCGCCCCUCGUCUUUCCUCCAGCUAUAUCGAGAUCUCCAAUUACCUCCGCGGCCGCCGAACCGGAUUCCGCGCCGGAGGGUAUGGUCCCAGGGCGACGACGAGGCCCUUCCAUCGCUCCUCCUGUCUUCUUGAGGAGACCAAUGGCCAAAUUGAUAAUAUUCAUUUUCUAGAAAAGUACAAAAAGGCCGUGGAAUUCCCACCGGCGACGGCAGACUUUGAGACGUUCUUUUCACAGGCAGCCGCGGAUCAACAAGUUGUACUUCAUGGCUAUCUGGGAGUCCGUCGUGAUGUCUCCAAGAAACUGGCCUUUGUGCGCCUGACCGACCCGACGAUGAAGCACAGUAUCCAGCUGAUCUCAAUGGCAAACAACGGUUCCUUGGAGCAACUCAAAGCGAUCAGAGCCAACAGUCCAGUCGCGAUUCAGGGCAAGGUUCAGCCGAAGAAAGCCAAAGGCGCCGAAAUGGAACAAGCCGAGCCGUGGGAGCUGUUCGUGGAGGAAGUCCACUCUCUCAAUGACUUCCCGAAAGACAUCCUGAUGAAGUCGGACACCAAUUUCGCCCCAAAGCACCGGUAUCUGCAGCUGCGCGCGGAUUCCGACCUCCGAGAUGCCCUCCGCUUCCGAGCCCAGGCCCACAACGUCUGCAAGCAAGAGCUGGAUGCGUCCGUACCGCCUUUUCUCGAGGUCGAGACGCCGAUUCUCUUCAAGUCCACUCCCGAAGGUGCUCGCGAGUUCCUGGUGCCUACUCGGAAGCGUGGGCUGGCGUAUGCGCUCCCGCAGAGCCCGCAACAGUACAAGCAAAUCCUCAUGGCCAGUGGCAUCCCCCGGUACUACCAGUUUGCGCGGUGCUUCCGUGACGAAGACCUCCGUGCAGACAGACAACCAGAAUUCACCCAGCUCGAUCUGGAAAUGUCCUUCGCAACCGGAGAGGACGUAAUGAAGGUCAUCGAAGGAGUCAUCCGACGACUAUGGUCGACAUUGAUGCCGGAGCCAGCUCCCGCAGGCCCGUUCCGCAGAAUGGGCUACCAAGAAGCCAUGGCACGAUACGGGUCCGACAAGCCCGACACCCGAUACGGCAUGGAGAUCUCGCGAAUCGACUACAUGAUCCCCGUAGACCUAGUCAACAAGAUCUCGGACCUCGACGAACCCAUCGUCGAAGUCUUCAAGAUCGAAAACAACGAAAACGACCCAGCCGCCAUGUCCCAAUUCAUCCGCGACUUCUUGGACUCCCCCGCCGGAGCCCCAUUCAACACCAACCCCGCCGGGGCCCCAGGCGUCUUCGUCUACGACGCCAAGAGGCCCCUCUGCGGCAUGACAGCCUUCGGCUUCGAAGCCGCCGAAUACAUGGAAGAACAACUCGACCUCGACCACGGCGACCUCAUCGUGAUCCAAGCGCGCGAGAACGCGCCCUUCUCCGGCGGCUCGACCCCCAUCGGCGACCUCCGCCGAGCCCUCUACACCGCCGCCAUCACCAACAACUUCAAGCCCGCCCCCACCGGCUUCGACUUCCUCUGGAUUAACGACUUCCCGCUCUUUUCCCCAGCAAGCGACACCGAGCCCGGCCAAGGCGGCGCAGCCGGCAUAGCAUCAACGCACCACCCCUUCACAGCGCCCAAAACUGCCUCCGACGUCGACCUCCUCCUGCAGGACCCAACAAAGGUAGUCGCAGACCACUACGACCUGGUCGUCAACGGCGUCGAGCUCGGUGGCGGCAGCAGACGUAUCCACGACGCAGCCGUCCAGGAAUUCAUCCUCCGCGACAUCCUGCAAAUGAAGCCCGAGCGACUGGCUGACUUUGCGCACCUGCUGGAAGCGCUGAGAGCCGGGUGUCCGCCGCAUGCGGGACUCGCGCUGGGCUUCGAUCGGCUGGUGGCUGUUAUGUUGGGGAAGGAGUCCGUGCGGGAUGUGAUUGCUUUUCCGAAGAUUGGGAAGCUGGGGGAGGAUCAGAUGGUUAAGGCGCCGAGUGUGGUGAGCGAGGAGGCGUUGGGGACGUAUCAUUUGAGAUGGAGGGAGUGAAAUCACCUUCUUAGCCAUUGGGAAGAUGUUUGGACUACUGUAUUUGUAGUGUAUAUAUAUGUGAUUAGUGUACUGAUAGUGAUAGAUGCGAU